CAGCAGCAGCAGCAGCAACAGCAGCAGCAGCAUGACACGAGUCGCCCUGCUAGUUUUGGCUCUCACAGCAGUCUGCAAUGGCAUCCUCCCUGAGAUAGUGGACUCAGGCAUCAGUCACAUCCUGGAGGAUAAUCCUGCCCAGGGACAGACGGAGCUGGACCGCAUGUUUGUGGAAGUGGAGCAGCUGCCAGAGGAUCCGCAGCAGAAGCCUGAGGAUGCGUUUCAUCAAACGAACAACGAGAGUGUCAGUCCCAGCCCUCAUCCCAAUAACCUUCCUCCAAGUCAUCACAAUGAAACUGCAUCUGAUAAUGUGAUUGAUAACGAGUCUGUCCACACCUCAGCAGAGCAGGAGACAAACAACAUCACCGUGACCGCAGCCGUCCAGUCCAGUGACCUCGGGAACAAUAUUGAUCAUGGAUGCAUCAGUGAUGGGGACUGUGGGAAGGGAAAGUAUUGCCUUUCUGACAAACGCAACUCCAAGUGUCUGCCUUGCAAAGCUGUGGAUGUGUCCUGCACUAAGGAUAAGGAGUGCUGUGGUGAGCAGUUGUGCGUAUGGGGUCAGUGCACUCUGAAUGCAACCAAAGGAGAGGCUGGCAGCACUUGUCAGUACCAGACCGACUGCAGCCCAGACCUCUGCUGUCUUUUCCAUAAAGCCCUGCUCUUCCCCGUCUGCUCGGCCAAGCCCAUUGAGCGUGAGCGCUGCUUCGGUGCAUCCAACCAUCUGUUGGAGCUGUUGUCCUGGGACACUCAGGACAAGGGACCCAGGAAACACUGUCCCUGUGCAGGAGGUCUGCACUGCCAGCACCUGGGGCGAGGGUCCAUGUGCCUUAAAGGAGAGGACUCGAGUGAAGAGGACCUGACGGACAGUCUGUACUCAGAGAUAGACUAUAUCAUCUAGACACAUUUGAUUCGAUUCACAUUGCCUUGUAAACAACUAGACAGGAGUCUCCACUGACUCCAGAGCUUCGCUGCAAAGAGCCACUGCACUUUCUGCUUGCCAGCUUUACCCAAAGUGGUGAAGCUACACAGCAUGGGAAAUGGAUGAGAAUAUAUUUAUUUCAUUUGCUGUAAUUGCGACCUGAGGUUUACAAUCCUUAAAGGUUUCUGAAAAUGUUGAUAUAAAUGUAACUAACCAAAAACAGGAAACACUAUAUUUUCAAAGUCCUGUGUGAUACUAAACACUGGUUUCUUGACUAUUUGCUGCAUCUCUAUAUUGUAUUACAACUCUAACCCUUAUCUAAUUAUAGAGUGCUACAAUUAAAAUUAACCCACAGUAGCAGCUCUGAACACCUGAGUAUCCAGCCGGGUACAGUAAUGCUUCAUGUACUGUGUGACUAACAAUACAGUAUCACAGAAGCAGGCAAUAAUAACUGUAUAUUACACAUAUAUUUAUCUACAGAAGUCAACACUACCAUGAGACGUCAGCAGUCUCUGGUAAAAGAUUCUGCAAAUAUUUAAUAUUUAAAUCGCUGCUACCAAUGACUACAACAGCUAAUUUGCACCCUUUUACAUGUCUGAUAAAACCUCAAAGUUUGUUUUAGAGUAAAUUAAUAAUUCUGGCUGCGUCAAUAUCCUAAAGUUGUUUGUAACAAAGCUUCUUCCCCACAUGAUGUUUGCUUCACUCUAGCAAUAUUUGCUUUGCUGCUUUGUUCCACAGGAGGACUGUAUGUUUUUGCCAACACCUGGGCAUCUAUUUUUGUGGCACAGAGAUGACUUGUUAUAUGCAAGACAAGAGGAAACACUGUCCAACAUGCCAUGUUAUGGCAUAUCCAUCAGUUUUGCCUAAUGAGAGUGUAGUCACCGAAACAUUGCACCAUUAAAAUCAUUACUUUUGCAAGUCAGUGUGCAGGAGCCUUUUCUACAAGUUUUAUUCCUCUUGUCCCAAAGAAUAAAGGGACGAGUUUUAUUCUUUAAGCUUCACUUAUCAGCCCAAAUGCCACUUUUUUCACAUCAUUGGCACAACUUGGUUUUAAUUUAAGAUCCGGUUUUGAUUUGUCAAGAAGCUGUUGUAUACACCUGCAUCUUCAGCUUAUGUGGCACACCCCUGUGGGCCCAAAUAGGCUUGAGCGGUAUCAAGGUUAUAAGGUCUACUGGGAUAUUAAGGAAUCCCGAAGGUAUGAUUUUCAAUACCAUCAAAAAUACAGAUGCUCUUCCUUCUCUUAAACUAACAUGGAGAUGCUAUAUUGAGGCAAUGUAGUGCACUGCACGCACCACCAGAGGUCAGUCUCUACUGGUGGAACAGUGUAACACUGCGAGUAUUGGGGAUAACGUUACAGGAGUGUUGCCACAUAUAACUUCUAGUCUUCUGUCUACAAAAGCAGUUUAUUAGCUAUAUGAUUUUAUCAAACACAUCAUCUCCAUUCAGCCCUCUGAUGUGCCGGUAUCUGCAGCAGCAACAAGUGUCAUCAGGUCCUCCAGCAAGAUAGGUUUUGUUUUUGUUUUUUUACAAUCGAUUACAAUCCAUUAUUCUGUUGGUCUCAAGUAUGCAAACCCAAGACUUGUCUGAGUAGGCAACACAACAUUGUAGGCUAGACAAUGACAUGCAUGCUCCAAUGACUUGUAGACUUGUAUCACAGGUAGCUCAGCUUUUUUUCUUUUUUAGUUACACAAAUCCCAUCAUAUGCCAUAUACGCUGGAGAAAUGUAAAAAUGUAAAGGAGUGUGUGCAAAUCCUAGACUCCCAAACAUGACAUUAGCCUCCACCCCCUCAUGCUUGUAUGUGCUUUGUGUGACUCACCCUUUCAACAUUCAGCCAGGAAGACGUGAUACGAUUGCAAGCAAUACCUGGUGUAUGUGUGUGAAUAAAGCUUUUGUACUAACAGCUGGUGCUGGAUGUUAACUUCCAUACAGCUACAACUGUCAAAUGUAAACUCUGCACUGUUCUUACGCACUUCAACAUGACAUGCAGCUUGUACAAAUCUUGCCUUUAG